AUGGUAUCAACAGAGCAGCGUAAAAAGGUCGGCCAGCUCUUCGCCGUCGGCUUCCAUGGCACCGCCGUCGACGACAACAUCAAGUCCCUGAUCCAGGACUACGGCGUCGGUGCCGUCGUGCUCUUCAAGCGCAACGUCUCCUCCGCCGCGCAGCUCCGCGCCCUGUGCCACGACCUGCAGGCCCUCGCGCGCGCCGCGGACCACCCGCGCCCUCUGCUCAUCGGCAUCGACCAGGAGAACGGGCUCGUCACGCGUCUCUCCCCACCCGUCGCCGCCCAGCAGCCCGGCCCCAUGACCCUUGCCGCCGCCGUAGCCUCCUCCGACGCCGCAGCACAAGUCGCCGCGGCCACGGCGGAGACGCUCCGCCACUUUGGCAUCAACGUCAACUACGCGCCCGUCGCGGACGUCAACUCGGAGCCGCUGAACCCCGUCAUCGGGGUGCGCAGCCCCAGCGACGACCCGCAUCAGGUGGCGCGUCUCGCGGCCGCCUGCGCCGCGGGCCUGCGCGCGGGCGGCGUGGUGCCCUGCGCGAAGCACUUCCCUGGCCACGGCGACACGGCGGUCGACUCGCACUACGGGCUGCCGUCGAUCGACAAGACUCGGGCGCGGCUGGACGAGACCGAGCUGGUGCCCUUCGCGCGCGCGGCGCGCGAGGGCGUCGAGAUGGUCAUGACGGCGCACAUUGCGCUGCCGCGGCUGACCGGGACGCAGACGCCGGCGACCCUGGCCCCGGAGGUGCUCGGGAUCCUCAGGGGGGAGAUGCGGUUCGAGGGCGUCAUCGUCACGGACUGCCUGGAGAUGGACGGCAUCCGCGCGACGUACGGCACGGUGGAGGGUGCGCUGCUGGCGCUGAAGGCGGGCGUGGACAGCGUCAUGAUCUGCCACACGUACGAGGUCCAGGCUGCUGCUGUCGACCGUGUGUGCAGCGCGAUCGAAAAGGGCGAGAUCUCGCAGCCGCGCAUCGACGAGAGCCUGGCGCGCCUGGAUAAGCUCAAGGACAAGUUCACCUCCUGGGAGCAGGCGCUGCAGACCUCCACCGACGAGGCCCUGGCUGAAAUCAACGCCCGCGGCGCCAAGCUCGCCCGCAAAAUCUACUCCGAUGCCGUCACCGUCGUGCGGAGCGAAGACGGCCUGCUUCCUACAUCCCCCGCUGUUAAGACGGUGUUCGUCUCGCCCGGGCCCGACUUCCCCGUCGGUGGCGGCGCCGUCAACAGCGGCGACGCGGCGCACCCGACGCGCGUCCCGUGGGUGUCGAGCUCCUUCGGCGACGAGAUCCGCAAGCACUGCGCCGGCGCGGAGGAGAUUCGCUACACGGAGAAGCAGCCGCUGACCGACGAGGAGUGGGCCAAGGUCGAGGCUGCGGACGUGGUCAUCUUGGCGACGCGCAACGCGAGAGAGGCGCCGUACCAGCAGAGGCUCGGCCUGGAGAUUGCGCGCCGGAGAGGGAAUAGGCCGCUGAUUAGCGUCGCGACGUGUGCGCCGUAUGACUUCCUGGACGAGGCGGCGGUGAGGAACCUGAUUGUGGUGUAUGAGCCGACGUUGGAGGCUUUCCGCUCGGCGGUGGACGUUAUUUACGGUAUUGAUACGCCGCGCGGGAAGCUUCCCGUCGCGCAUAAGAAGAACUAG